AUGGAGCAGUUAACUGAACGUACCGCAAAAUAUUAUGGACGAGUGGCCGAACAGAUAGAUGCAGAGAAUGCAAAUAAAGUAACUGGGACUGACCUCGCUCCCCCUCUUCACUAUCAUCAUGUUGGUGACAGCGUAUCUUGCCAUAGUUUUCCUUCUGGCACUCUGUGUUGUCCUGGAGCUGACUGCACGCCGCAUCACUUCUCCUGA